AUGAAUAAUAGUAACUUUGAUAUCUGGAUUGCUGGAGCUUUUGCAGCGGUUUUCGUUGACUUCCUGGUCUACCCAUUUGACACGGUCAAGACACGCAUCCAGUCACCCAAAUAUGAACAGAUAUACAAGGAUUCCAAGACGGGGAGGGUGAAACGCCAUUUGCUGUUUCGAGGGGUCUAUCAAGGAGUAUGGAGUGUGGUGUUUGCGACGAUACCUUCUUCAGGAGCCUUCUUCACCACAUACGAAGCAAUAAAAUACACACUUACCAACGCUCCCACAACAUGCCCGCAUCCGGAAAAGAAUAGGCUCCCUUUUACUCACACGCUGCCUCAGCCGAUUAUACACAGUAUUGCAUCCUCGUCUGCUGAGAUGGUCGCCUGCUUCAUGCUCACGCCAGCAGAGGUAAUUAAACAGAAUGCGCAGGUCGUCCAAUCCAAAGAGCACCUCAACAAAGAUAAGGGCCACGCAAACAAGAUGAAGGAUAAUAGGAAUAAGGACCGUGUAGGUAGGAACGCCACCAUCCAAGCUAUAUCACAGUUCCGCGAGAAACCCUGGCGGCUGUGGAGCGGGUACACGGCGUUAGUUGGACGAAACCUGCCGUUUACGGGGUUGACUUAUCCGAUCUUCGAGUCAACACGGGAGAGGCUUAUUGAGUGCAGACGACAGCGCAGGGCACAGGCGAUGCACACGAAUGUUUCUGAUGCGGAGAAUACGAAUCCGCUGGUGGAGAGGGCUGUGUUCACGGGGAUUUCAGCAGGGAUGUCAGGAACGAUUGUAUCGACUAUUACGACUCCGAUUGAUGUCGUCAAGACCAGGAUGAUGCUGGCAGCUAGCGACGGGCAGCAGAGAGACGAUGACAACCGUAAUGAAAAGGAAAAGAAACAGAAACACCGGGGCAGCUGGGCUGUCGGCAAGGAAAUCUAUCACAAAGAAGGCACGCGAGGUCUCUUUCGCGGUGGCGCUGUUCGAGCUGGCUGGACGGCCAUCUCGCUGAGCCUGUACCUGACCAUGUACGAAGGCAUGCGAUUCUACCUGGAGGACCGACGGAACGGGAAAGACACAAAGAACCACGAGCAUGAGCGGGGCGAGACAGGGAUUUAG